GAUAAGGUCCUAGUAAAUGAUAACAGUUGUCUUACUUUAUCGACGACUUUUCUUUAUUUCCUUUAACCUGACAGAUGACUCAUUCCUAACAUCCUGUUGACACGCAACUACAGAUUAUAUUUCUCUCAAAAUUGGACUCAAACUGUCCUGUUUAGGCUUUCUUUGUAAGCCUUUUUGUCAACUCUUUGAUAUAAUGGCGUCCAACUCGCCAGGAACGAAGAUAUCGAGAGAGCGACUAAAACUGGACUUUAAAGCCGGCAUCGAUAGGAAAAAAGUCACUCUUAUAGUAAAACAACAAGAACCACAAGUACAAGAUUUACCUUCUGUACACAUGGAAAGACUGAAAGCUCAUAAAGCAGUUGGGAAACUCACUUUUGGAUCUGACAGUGUAUAUGAAUACACUGCCGAUGACCUUGUGGAUUAUGGGGAGAUUGGUCGAGGUGCUUAUGGUACUGUUAACAAGAUGUUUCACCCUGACAGCAACACGUUCAUGGCUGUUAAGAGGAUACGCUCCACCGUUGACCAGAAAGACCAGAAGCAGUUACUAAUGGACCUCGAUGUUGUGAUGCGCAGUAGUAAAUGUCCCUUAAUUGUGAAGUUUUAUGGUGCACUCUUCACUGAGGGUGAUGCAUGGAUAUGUAUGGAGUUGAUGGAGAUCUCAUUUGAUAAGUGCUACAGAAUAGUUUAUGGUUAUCUGCAUCAAACCAUACCUGAAGAUAUACUAGGCAAGGUUGCAUUAGCGGUUGUCAAAGCUCUAGAUUAUUUGAAAACAGAGUUGAAUAUUAUUCACAGAGAUGUCAAGCCAUCCAAUAUUCUGCUUGAUAAACAAGGAUGCAUAAAACUGUGUGAUUUUGGAAUCAGUGGUCAGUUGGUGGAUUCUAUUGCUAAGACAAGAGAUGCAGGCUGUAAACCAUACAUGGCGCCUGAAAGAAUAGACCCGUCAUCGUGUCGGCAGGGAUAUGACAUCAGAUCUGAUGUGUGGAGCUUUGGCAUUACCAUGAUUGAACUUGCAUCUGGUAAAUUUCCAUACCCCAAAUGGACCAGUGUUUUUGACCAGUUAUCUCAAGUAGUAGAAGGCGAUCCACCUCGUCUGGUCAAUGAUGAGUUCAUUCAGCGCUCCCCAGAACUAUUGAACUUUGUCAAUAUUUGCCUUACCAAGGAAGUAGCAAAAAGGCCAAAGUAUGCAGGACUACUGAGACACCCAUUCAUCCUGCGAUAUCAGGACGAGCCAGUAGACGUUGGGUCCUGGUUAGCCCGCAUAGUGGCGCAGGCGCCAGAGGACCCAGAAUUACCAGACUUAAUCCAGUAAAGACCUGUAUUUUUAUUAGUCAUUAGCGAUGGACUAUUAGAUAACUGAUGGGGGGUUGCAGGAAUUUUGGUUGCAUUAUUUUUUUAUUUUUUAUUUGGCUCAACCCUUGCACGUUAUUUUUUUGCGUACAGUUAGAUAUUUUUCUUCUAGCAGAAGAGAUUGCACGAUAUUUUUUCUGAGGUUUAAGUGCUUG